ACCUUCUUCGUCUUCUUUCCCCUUUCUGAAAAUUUCUUCUUCUUUUGCUUCCACUCCGAUUCUUCCCAAUGCCUCGAUUCAGCAACAACCUCGUCGGAAUCCUCAACUUCAUCACCUUCUUACUCUCGAUCCCGAUUCUCUGGGCCGGCGUUUGGCUCAGCAAACAAGGAAGCACAGAAUGCGAGAAGUUCUUAGACAAACCCGUAAUCAUAAUCGGCGUGUUUCUGAUGUUGAUUUCUCUCGCCGGUCUUCUCGGAGCUUGCUGUAGAAUCUCAUGGCUUCUAUGGGUUUACCUUCUUGUAAUGUUUGUUCUUAUUGUUAUUCUCUUUUCUUUCACCAUUUUCGCUUUUGUGGUUACGAACAAGGGCGCCGGUGAGGUCUUGUCGAAUCGUGGUUAUAAGGAGUAUAGGCUUGGGGAUUACUCCAGUUGGCUGCAGAAGAGGGUGAAUAGUGCUAAAAAUUGGAACAAAAUCAAGAGCUGCUUGAUUGAUGGGAAGAUCUGUUCCAGCUUUGCUGAUAAGUAUGUUAAUGAUACUGUUGAACAGUUCUACCAGGAGCAUUUGUCUGCUCUUCAGUCUGGUUGCUGUAAGCCUUCAAACGACUGCAAUUACACUUAUGUGAGCCCAAUUUUCUGGAACCGGAAUGCUACAACCUCGGCCAACCCUGACUGUAAUUUGUGGGAGAAUGACCCCAAUAUUCUGUGCUUCAAUUGCCAGGCCUGCAAGGCUGGCUUGCUGGAUAAUAUUAAGAGCAACUGGAAGAAGGUUGCUGUUGUGAACAUUGUAUUCCUUGUCUUUCUCAUUAUCGUCUACUCCGUUGGCUGCUGCGCUUUUCGGAACAACAGAGAGGACAAUGCUUAUCAUCGUCAAUGGAAGUGAUCUCAACCCGAACCGAUAGUUCUGUAAGCAUUCUCUUUGUUUAGCUCGCGUUUUUGUCGAUUCCCCUCGUGUAUAUUGUUAUUCCCCUCCCUUUCUGGAGGUCGUGAUUUUUUCGUUCGACUUUGAUCUGCUGUUUUUAUGGACAUAUUCAUGAUGAUUUGUAGUACUGACAUUGAUCAUC